GAUUUGCAAAGCUACGCUUUCCACAGCUGCACAAUCCAUCUGGCACGACUCGUCGAAUUCAUCUUCCACCACGCUCCUUUAGUGCCAAGAACACCUCUCCUUGUAUUUUACUUCAUAAAUUCGCUCUAAUUGCUGGUUGCUAUAAUUUUAUAAACGCUGACAUGACUCUCUGGCUUCGUUCCGUUGGACGGCCCACGUCGCUCACUUUACGAAGAGCCUCAUCGCGAAUCCCGGCGACCAUAGUACGACCUGCUAUCAUAACUGGAUCUCGGCGGAUUGUCCGUGGGUUUGCGACGACACUGGUACAAAGGCAGGCAACAGCCGUGAAUGAUCUGGAUCAGGAAACAUUGGAAGUUUUGAAUGCUGAACGCUACGCAGACGAGGUGGACGUGUGCAUCGUUGGAGCCGGACCUGCUGGUCUAAGUGCAGCGAUUCGACUAAAGCAAAGAGCCAACGAAGAGGGCAAGGAAUUGCGGGUUUUUGUGGUAGAGAAGGGCAGCGAAGUAGGAGCGCACAUUUUAUCUGGUGCUGUUCUCGAGCCCCGUGCCUUAAACGAGCUUAUUCCUGACUGGAAAGAGAAGGGUGCCCCCCUUAACACCCCUGCCGCAAAGGAUAAGAUGUUGUUCCUAACCGAAAAACAUGCGAUUCCCCUUCCCCAUCCUCCUCAAAUGAAUAACAAAGGCAAUUACAUUGUCUCCCUCUCCAAUUUUGUAAGAUGGUUAGGGGAGCAAGCGGAGGAGCUGGGUGUUGAAAUUUACCCCAGUUUUGCUGCCAGUGAGGUUUUGUACGACGAGGAUGGGUCAGUGAAGGGUAUAGCCACUAAUGACGUUGGAAUCGGACGGGAUGGGAGACCAAAGGACAACUUCGAGCGAGGAAUGGAAAUUCAUGCCAAGGUUACACUUUUCGCUGAGGGCUGCCACGGUCACUUGACAAAGAGGAUAUCAAGGAAAUUUGACUUACGAAAAGACUCACAACCGCAAACGUACGGAAUUGGACUGAAGGAGGUGUGGGAGCUUGCUCCAGAAAAGUUUGAAGCCGGUCUUGUCUUGCACUCUGUCGGCUGGCCAAUGGACAUAAAAACCUAUGGUGGCUCGUUCAUGUACCAUUUCGAGGACAAUAAGUGUACAAUCGGUUACGUUGUAGCGCUGGAUUACGAAAAUCCAACGCUAAGCCCAUACAAGGAGUUCCAGAGAUAUAAACAGCACCCAGCUAUCCGCAAGUAUUUGGAAGGUGGAAAAAUAAUCAGUUACGGCGCCCGUGCAAUCAAUGAAGGGGGAUAUCAAAGUAUCCCAAAGCUUGUGUUCCCAGGUGGCGCGUUGAUCGGGUGCACUGCUGGGUUUCUGAAUGUGCCAAAGAUUAAGGGCACGCAUACAGCAAUGAAAAGCGGUAUGCUUGCUGCCGAUGCCGCCUACGAUGCUCUGAGUGCAGAAACCGAGGGGCCUAUUACAUUGGAUGCGUACGAGUCAAAUAUUAAGAACUCUUGGGUCUACAAGGAAUUAUGGGAAGUGCGCAACGUUCGGCCUGCUUUCCACAAUCCCCUCGGUCUGUUUGGAGGAAUCGCGUAUGCUGGGCUUGAUACACUCUUGCUCAAAGGACGUGUUCCAUGGACAUUCAAGCAUCCCGAGCCUGACUAUGCCACGUUGAAACCUUUAAAAGAUGUUAAACCCAUUGAGUAUCCCAAACCGGAUGGCGUGAUAAGUUUUGACCUUCUGGAGAAUGUUAGUCGCACGGGAACUAAUCACGAAGAGAACCAGCCCGUGCAUCUGAGAUUGCAAAGGGGACCAAAAGAGCAACUCGAGACAAACUAUGCAGUAUAUGGUGGACCCGAACAGAAAUUUUGCCCUGCGGGUGUCUAUGAGUACCUUGAUGACGAACAAAAUCCGGGCAAGAAGCGAUUCCAGAUCAACGCCCAAAAUUGUAUUCACUGUAAAACAUGCGAUAUCAAGGACCCUAGCCAGAACAUUGACUGGACCGUUCCGGAAGGAGGCGGUGGUCCUAAGUACUAUUUCACUUAAGUAAUGUACUGGUUGGGACUAUGAGAAUAGAUUCCUGGCAUUCUGUCGCUUAAAUAGACGAGCUUAGGGAAACUCUCGUGUUGGUUAAAUAUUGUUGGAAUAUGGCCACGACCCUCCAUAUCUUAAUAUAAAAACAAGGUUCAUUUGGCAAUACA